AUGGCCGCCGUCAUGCAAGUGCGCACCUUCCCCAUCUGUGAAUUGUGUGGCCUGCGGGGUAUGGAAGGUGCUGCCCAGACAAGCCACGAGUGGGUUGCACCUGCCGUCAUCCGCGACCCCUACCCCCCUUGGCCAUGCGCACCUGACGCCCGGAAAGUGUGGGCCCUUGGAAUCGGCGUGCUGCUGGAUAGCGUUUCGUUUUCUCGUUGA